AUGGAGUCUGCGGAUCUGGAGCGGACUUAUUCCCGCGAUCAACAGCAACAGCGGCUAAACGAUGGCUUUCACGUCACAACCCCGGUGGCACUGGUGAGAAGUACAACUUCGCGGAGUGUAGCGAGUACUCAAAGUCAAGGGAGAUCGAGAAGUCGUCGUGCAGAGGGCUCUUGUGCUACUCGGUUGAAGGACUUGGAGAAAGAUGUAGACUCCUCGUCUGACCUGGAGAAAGAAAAGGAGGAUCGGGUUGAAGAAGUGGUCAUCUCGCCGCCGUCAGAUGUGACAUCUAGAGCGGGCUCGCAUUCGAAUGACUCCGUUGCAUCGCUCGAAGAGCCGAUUGCCAAAAAGAUCCUUCGGUUCCAGGAUGGUGACCCUGAGAAUCCAAACAAUUGGCGACAGCCGAAAAAGAUAUACGCGCUGUUUGUGGCUAUCGUGAGUGUAAUGAACAGCACAAUUGGCUCCUCUCUUCCCGCUGGAGCAACAGGACCCAUAUCCCAGCACUUCCACCAAACCAACGAGUACAAGCUCAUCCUACCCACCUCGAUGUAUCUUGUGGGAUACGUUUUUGGCCCCUUGAUCUUCGGGCCUCUGUCUGAAUCCUAUGGCCGCAAACUAGUCAUGAUCAUCUCUUUCGCCCUAUUCACCGUCUUCUCCAUCGCGUCAGCCGUGGCGCCAAACUUUGCUGCGCUUGUCGUGUUCCGACUGUUCGUCGGUGUUGGAGGAAGCUGCGCCAUUAGCGUAGUAGGAGGCAUCUGCGCAGACAUCUACCACGACCCCAAGAGCCGAGGGAGGAGCAUGGCCAUCUUCAUGGCUGCGACGACGUUUGGGCCGAUCCUUGGCCCGCCCAUCUCAGGCUACAUCUCCGUCGUGUCCUGGGCCUGGGGGUUUUGGGUCGGAGCGAUCCUGGCGGGCGUCACCUGGCCGCUGUUCAUCUUCUUGCCCGAGACGUACGGACCGGUGAUCCUGAAGCAGCGUGCGCAGAGGCUGCGCAGGGAGACGGGCGGUGAGAAUAUCAUUGCGCCUAUCGAGCUGGAGAAGACUGACUUGCAUCACAUUGUGACUGUCAUCUUGACGAGACCUCUGCGGAUGCUGUGUUUCGAACCGCUGGUGUUGUUCACCUGCUUGUACUUGAGUUACGCAUAUGCCAUAUUCUAUAUCUACCUACAAUCGUAUCCCAUAAUCUUCACGGGCAUCUACGGCUUCAACGCCGGCGAGCAAGGCCUCGCAUUCCUCCCCAUCGGCGUCGGCGCACUCAUCUCCGCCUGCUUCUACCUCACGUGGGACUGGUAUCUAACGCGCGCCCAACACGCCAACAAGCGCUGGUCUCGCAACGAAGAAAUGGUCCGGCUGCCACUAGCCUGCAUCGCGGGACCCUUUUUCGUCGUGUCGAGCUUCUGGCUCGGAUGGACGGCGCGGGAGGACAUCCACUGGAUGGUGCCUACGUGCGCGGGCGUGCUGUUCGGCAUGGGCUACCUGUGUCUCUUCAUGGCGCUGCUGAACUACCUCGUCGACGCGUACGAAGUCUUCGCCGCGAGCGCCAUGGCGGCAGCGUCGCUGUCGCGGUCGUCGUUUGGCGCCGUGCUGCCCUUCGCCACGCGGCCCAUGUACAGAGCCCUGGGCGUGGCGUGGGCGACCAGCUUGCUGGGCUUUCUGGCCGUCGCGCUGUGUGUCGUGCCGUUUGCGUUUUUGAGGUUCGGCGGCAGGAUGAGAGAGCGCUCCACGUUCUGCCAGUAUCUGCGGCGGAAGAAGAGCGAAGAGGAGGAGGCGGUGAGGAGGGAGCGUGAGGGUGCGGAGAAGGAGAAGGAGAAGGAGAAGGAGAAGGAGAAGGAGAAGGAGAAGGAGAAGGAGAAGGAGAAGGAGAAGGAGAAGGAGAAGGAGAAGGAGAAGGAGAAGGAGAAGGAGAAGGAGAAGGAGAAGGAGAAGGAGAAGGAGAAGGAGAAGGAGACGCUUAGCGUCGGAGCCGACGAAGUCAAAGGAAAAGAGGAGGUAUGA